AAUUGGGUUUGGGCAACAACUUUCAGAGUUUCUACCUCAAAUUUGGGUGGGCUCUAGUUGUGAUUAAAAGCCCAUUCGUUUUCUAUGCCCUUAACCCUUUCGCUUCGUGCUUCUUUCUUCAAUUUCAGCGCCUUCCCCCCAAGCUCCCAGCAGCCAAGCUUCCCUAAGCGCCGACUGAAACGUGAACGUCUCACCCAAGCCCCUUGCGACAGGCAGGCCAGUCUUGCGUCUCUUCCUUUUUCUUUCUAUGACAAUGGGUGCAACACAAGAGAACGGUGAUGAUGAGAUGGACCAAAAAGUAAAGAAGUAUCUUAGAGGAGAAGCUGCUAAUUUGGAGGGAUUAAAAGACAAAAAACUAAAGGGUCAACUUGCUGUAAGAGAAGAGUUGUAUGGAAAAUCUGCCAAAGCUGCUGCCAAGAUUGAGAAAUGGCUUUUGCCAAGUGAGGGUGGCUAUUUGGAGGCGGAAGGUAUAGAGAAAACAUGGAGGAUCAAGCAAGAAUCCAUUGCUCGAGAGGUGGAUAUCUUAAGCUCAAGGAGCCAGUAUGAUAUUGUUUUACCAGAACUUGGUCCAUAUACUCUAGAUUUCACCUCCAAUGGUCGGUAUAUGGCAGCUGCUGGACGCAAGGGCCAUCUGGCUAUUGUUGAUAUGAAGACAUUAAACCUAAUUAAAGAGAUUCAGGUCAGAGAGACAGUACGUGAUGUAGUGUACUUGCAUAAUGAACUUUUUUUUGCUGCUGCUCAGAAAAAGUACCCUUAUAUUUAUAAUCGUGAUGGAACUGAACUUCAUUGUUUAAAGGAACAUGGUGCAGUACUAAGACUCCAGUUUCUUAAAAACCACUUCCUCUUGGCAUCAAUAAACAAGUUUGGGCAGCUUCAUUAUCAGGAUGUUACAAUGGGUGAGAUGGUAGGUAAUUUUCGGACUGGGUUGGGCUGCACAGAUGUUAUGCAGGUCAAUCCGUUCAAUGGAGUUGUUGCCUUAGGUCAUUCAAGUGGUACAGUAACGAUGUGGAAGCCCACCAGUGCUGCUCCACUUGUAAAGAUGUUGUGUCAUCCAGGACCUCUCUCAUCGUUGGCAUUCCACCCCAAUGGCCAUCUCAUGGCUACAUCUGGGAAAGAAAAAAAAAUCAAGAUUUGGGACCUGAGGAAGUUUGAGGUUAUCCAAACAUUGCCAGGCAAUGCAAAGACCUUGAAUUUCAGUCAGAAAGGCUUGCUUGCUGCUGGAACUGGCUCAUUCAUACAAAUUUUAGCCGAUUUUUCUGGAUCUCAGAAUUAUAGCAGAUAUAUGACUCAUUCUAUGGCAAAAGGUUACCAGGUGGGAAAAGUUUUAUUUCGACCAUAUGAAGAUGUACUGGGAAUAGGGCACUCCAUGGGUUGGUCUAGUAUUCUAAUUCCAGGAUCAGGGGAACCCAACUUUGAUUCUUGGGUGGCAAACCCAUUUGAAACAUCUAAACAGAGGCGAGAGAAGGAAGUGCACUCUCUGCUUGACAAGCUUCCCCCUGAAACAAUCAUGUUGGACCCAACAAAGGUUGGUACAGUGAGAGCAGCAAGAAAGAAAGAGAAGCCAACAAAGGAGGAGAGAGAAGCAGAAAUGGAAGCUGCUGUUGAAGCUGCCAAGGAUACUGACUUUAAAAAGAAAACAAAGGGAAGGAAUAAGCCAAGUAAGAGAGCAAAAAAGAGAAAGGAGAUUAUAGAUAGAGCCAAGAGGCCCUUAUUGGAGCAAAGAAUAGAGGAACAAGAAAUGUCUAGAAAGAAGCGGAAAACUAAUGCGGAAACAGAAAUGCCAAAAAGUUUGCAGCGGUUUGUUCGUCAGAAAGCAACUUAAUUAGGUUAAAUCUGAUUGCUCUAAGCAUCAUAAAAGAUAGAGUGCUCUUUUUUUUUUUUCCCUCCACAAUUUCUGCUCAUCUGACUAAAAAAAGUAUUGGAAUCAGCGAGAGAGCAGAGAUGUGUAUGCUUUCUGUUCUAUACAUGUAGAUGUAAAAUAACUUGAUUGUGCUUAUUUUUGUUCAAUAGCUUGUUUCCUGCAUUUAGCAUGGAAG